AUGGAGCUGCAUAAGCGGUGGGAGAACUCAGAGACUAACUGGCACAAAGAGAAAAUGGAAUUACUGGACCAGUUUGACAAUGAAAGAAAGGAAUGGGAAAGUCAAUGGAAGAUAAUGCAGAAGAAGAUAGAAGAGCUCUGCCAUGAAGUAAAGCGUCGGAGGAAAAUCAACAUGAGUGAACGUGCUAAGGCCAUUGAUCUUGAUUGUGAGAAGGCUGUUGGAGAUAAAAUGGAAUCUUCUCCAGAUCACCCCAAUUCAGGACAAUGUAAAUUUACAGGGAUACAUCCCAGGGAUGUUCUGGGGAAAAAAGAUAAAACAGAGCAGAGUUCACUCAGGGAAAGAAAUCAAGUGUGCAAGGAACAAAAAACAAUCAAAAAAUCAAAAGUAGGGUAUAUGGAUUCUGAAGCCAGAGACAACCAAAAAGAACGCGAGGCCCGGCCUGACCUGAGGACUUCUGAGGCAGAGAACAAGAGCUGCUCUGGCGCCCUCAACACAGCUCUUGAAGAACUUGCCAAAGUUAGUGAAGAAUUAUGCAACUUUCAAGAGGAAAUUCGAAAGCGGUCUAAUAACCACAGAAGGAUGAAGUCAGAUUCUUUUCUCCAGGAAACACCAAAUGUAAUGAAUAUUCCUCGUGGAGAUCACAUGAUCAACAACAGCCAGUGCAUUCCUUCAACCAGUUUAGAAAAUGAGAAAAACAGAAAAAAUCUGAGCUAUACCAAUGUUUUCCAGAACAAUUCCAAGAAAAAAGAUGGAAUUGAUACAACUGACCUGAAAAGAAGUGAAACCCCACCAAUUCCUCCUCCAAGAAGCACAUCUCGAAAUUUUCCCAGCUCAUAUUGUGCACAAGCCCGUGAAAGUUGGAAGGAAUGUUUAGACCACAGCAGCUGGGUGGCCCAAGGGGGUCGAGGUGAAAAGAACAGCCACCCUCAUUUCCUCUGGAAGCACGAUGAGAUGCCUCUGCUGGGUCUAAAUGAAGGGAAGACUCUGAAUGAUGGUAUCACGUUUCCUUCUUUGGCACCAGAAGCCAAAGUAGAUAACAAGCCUUCAUAUAAUGAAAAUGUUGGACUUAGCAUGUGGUCGUGCAACACUGGGGUUUGUGCAAAAAAUAGCCCCUCCACACUGUGGUUUCAGAAAGUCUGCUCUACUCCCAAUAAGCCAAAAUAUGAAAAGGUAAUUCCAGAUCACCCUGCUAAAUCUCCUCCUGAUCUUCAUAUAAGCAGUGACUGUGGCUCCUUAGCAUCACAGAGCAGCGGCCCACUGAGAAGUUGCAGUUAUGGCUUUGAAAAGACGACCGGGAAUGAAAAGCUGGCAAAAAAGACUGACGAAUUUAACAGAAUCGUAUUUCGAACAGAUAGAAAUUGUCAUGCUGUACAACAAAGGCAGAGCUGCUCAGAACCAUCUGAAGAUCUUCAGCCCUGUGAGACCUUGACUGCGUGCACAGCCGGCGUCUCAGACGCUGGCAGUGUUUCUGACGUUCUGAAAACCAGUGCCCCCGUGCCCAUGCCCAGGGAAAAUGUGCCUGAUGAUUCCACCAAAAAACCCACAACAGGCCAGUUCAGACCAACCCAGGAGCCCGUAAGCCCUAGCAGUUACCGGAAUAUGCUUCACGAGCAUGACUGGAGACCAAGUAACUUGUCUGGCCGGCCAAGGUCAGCAGACCCCAGAUCAAAUUAUGGUGUGGUGGAAAAGCUGCUGAAGACCUAUGAGACAUCCACGGGGUCUGCAUUGGAGAAUUCUAGAUGCUUCCAGGCCGACUGGACCAAAUGUAGUUCUGAUGUCAGUGGUGGAGCCACAUUAGGUCAGCAUUUCGAAAAGCUCCAAAUAGAACAAGAGCUUGAGCAUAAGACAGCAAUGCCUGGAGCACAGCAAGUGAAGCAAGCAGUAGAUCGGAAAAAGGUAACUGAGGAAUCCAUGGCAGUGAAAUCCUCCCCUGGAAAAGGAUUUUCCCGACCUGCCAGACCAGCAAAUCGCCGUCUCCCAUCCAGAUGGGCAUCUAGAUCUCCUUCAGCACCCCCUGCCUUGCGGAGAACUGCCCACAACUUCCCCAUUCCUCUGUGA